GCCACAUUACAAAAUCCUCAUUUGACCUCUAGCCUAGGUCAUCGUACAAUGUGGCUGAAGUAACAGAAAUAAUAGCUUUUCCCCUUAUUUUUUUAUGGUUUGCAGGAUAAAGAUAAUAUAGUUAAUGAGUCGGAUAUCUGCUUUAUCGUGUUCAGGCCUCGUUGAAUUUCCCAUUCUUACCUUCACAGGAUAAAGCAGAUAUCGAGCCUCGCUGAAUUUCCCACUUACCUUCACGGGAUAAAGCAGAUAUCCGAUGUAGUUGACUAGUUAUAUGUAAAGAAAAAAGAGAAAAGGGAAGAAGGAAAACAUAAUCAUUUUACAAAUAUGCAUAUAUAAGUCUCCAUGCCAAUCACACUGAUUUAGAAUAUAUGAAACUUUCACUUUCUGCAUUUAGCCUCUACAUAUCUUGAACUCGUGUAAAUCUGUAAAAGACGGAGUGUUAGGGCACUUGUUAUGACGGUGGAACAGUACAUAAAGAAGAAAGGAAGCAGAUGUUAAAAGUUUUUUUUGUGAUUGUUUACGAACAAUAAAAAUAAUAAUAAAUACAAACUAUGUAAUUUGACUACCAUGGCUUGGGGGAAACAUAAAGAUCGUAACGCUCUUAUAGAGGAGACAGAUCAGCAGAGGAAGGAGAAACCAGAGAAGACUAAAUCUGAAAAGAGACAAACUUUAAAGAAAAUCUUCAAAUAUAUAUUCUCCAUCUGCAGUCUUUUGCUUGUCCUGGUUGGUGCAGUGCUGGUUGGUCUAGGACUGUGGCCUCUAUUGGAUAAAGAGUACAUGGCCAUCUUGUCAGAGGCAGGACUGGAUGCUUCGGCAUCCAUCAUAUUGGUGGUGACGGCAGGUGGGGGCAUUCUGUUCAUCGUAGGCUUUCUCGGCUGUUGUGGCGCCGUCAUGGAGAAGACUACGAUGCUGUGUUUCUAUAUUAACAUUGUGCUGUUCAUUCUGAUGGGGCAGAUAUUGGCGGUGAUACUUCUGAUGAGAAUGAAGGAGGAGAUUGCAACCGCAUUAAAUAUUAAUCUGGUGAAAACCUUGAAGAAAGAGUAUGACAGAAAGACAGACAUUGACAAUGUCUUCAGUGCGGCUCUCGACUGGGUGCAGGUUACUUUCUAUUGCUGCGGCAUCAACAACUACACGGAAUUUAAGACGGCUAGCAACUGGAAAGACAAGAACACCAAGGUGGUUCCCGAGACUUGCUGCGUCAUCACAAACCGGGACGAGUUCUCCUCGGACUACGUGGCGCACACCAAAGACCCUGCUUGUACAUCAAAACCAACAGCUUCCAAUUCAUAUAUCAGUACACCAUGCUUUGCCGAGAUUAAACAGUGGUUGCUUGACCAUCUGAAGGUUAUCAUGACAGUUAUUGGCAGUUUUUUAAUCGUUCAGAUCGUUGGAAUCAUCUUUGCAUCCUUUCUUAUUUGUACGAUUGUCAGCAAAUGAGAAGUUAGUGCAGUGAGCCAAUCAGCAGGUUCUCUUAACUGUAUUUGUACGAUUGUCAGCAAAUGAGAAGUUAGUGCAGUGAGCCAAUCAGCAGGUUCUCUUAACUGUAUUUGUACGAUUGUCAGCAAAUGAGAAGUUAGUGCAGUGAGCCAAUCAGCAGGUUCUCUUACCUGUAUUUGUACGAUUGUCAGCAAAUGAGAAGUUAGUGCAGUGAGCCAAUCAGCAGGUUCUCUUAACUGUAUUUGAUUAAAGGGACUAUAUUCUGUGUUAUCAACGUACCAUUGUAUGAUAUUUCUAAAUAAUAAAUCCUCUCUUAACAA